AUGCCCGAGACCGUUUGGGCCAUUCACAACUUCGAGGCCGAGGCCGAAGAUGAAAUCUCCUUUCACAUUGGCGAGCCCAUUAUUGUCAUCCAGAAAGAUGAACUCUACCAGGACGGAUGGUGGGAGGGUACUAAUGUUCGUGGCGAGACGGGUCUGUUUCCGCAGAACUAUACCGUUCCAAAUCCUCCUGACCAAAAUCAGUCCAAUUCACCCACAGGCGACCGCAAUCCAUAUCAUAAUGAAAAUAUCAAUAACAAUAAAUACGGAGGCAACAAUAUGAAUGGUAGCCACAUGAACAAUCUCAGCAACGGUCUCAACAACAUGCACAUCAACCAGAGUCCUACGAUUAGUAGUCCAACCUCUGGCGGUUCUCGAAUUGCAUUCGGAGGCAACAAUGCAGGCAAUGCUACAUCCAAUGGAGGCUCUAACAAAGUCUCGCCUCAAACCAUCGAGGAAAGUCUGCAGGACCCUCAAUUGGAAGGUCACCCUUCAACCUGGAACAUUGAUCAGGUGGCCUAUUGGUUGCGCUGGGUCGGAUUCGACGGCGUUGUCAACAGCUUUAUUGAUAAUGAAAUCUCGGGCGCCAUUUUGUUGGAAUUAAACCUGAACAAUCUUAAAGAGUUGGAAAUCAACUCGUUUGGCAAACGCUUCAACAUCAUGAAUGCAAUCACAACAUUGAAGCAGCUUACAAAGGGUGACAAAGGACCCAAGGGUCAGUAUGCUGGCCUAACCAACUCAGUCGGUGCCAUGUUUGCUGGAGGAAAUGGUGGCGGACCAAACAUUCCACCACGCAUGGCUUCUGCUGGAGGACCCAGUCCUCGCGCUUCAUACGAUCCUCGGAGUGAUUACGUGAAUGAUCCUCGGCAGAACCUUCAAGAUCCUCGUAGUGCUCCCAUGUCACCCCCUUCAUCUGUUCAGUCCCCCACAUUGCGUCACCAGCAGCCUUCAGAUUAUGAUAUGCAUGGACGUAACCCCGCAAUAUCUCGUUCCGACACUGUGGGUUCUGCUAGCGGCGGAAGCUUGGCUGAAGCCAAUGGUCCUAAAGGCAGUCAGCGUCAAAGCGCCACAUCUGCAUACUCAUCAACGUCAAACCAUCAGCGUGGUCAGUGGGAUCGUAACGCACCCCGUCCGCCACAAAUGCCUAGCCCAGUGUCUCAGCAAAUAAGAGGACCCAACUCGGCCCACUCUGAUGAGCAACCUUAUGGACUUCGAUCGAUGGAGCAGUCAAUGGAUCAAUACCCUCGAAAUAUGCCAACUAGUCCUGAGAUGGUGCAUCAAGAACCGUUUUCACCUGAUCAGUAUCAGGAGCCAUCAUCUCCAAGGCAACAACGGAAACAGCAUGUUCCUGAUAGCAGUCACCGUCAAAUGAAUGGUAAAGCAGACCCAAGUGACAAGGUUGUAUCUCUGGAGCUUAUUGGGAAACCUGAUUAUGCUGGAUGGCUUAAGAAGAGAGGCGACACAUAUAGGACUUGGAAGAGCCGCUGGUUCAUGCUCAAGGGCGUAACUCUUUACUACAUGAACUCGCCCAAGGAGAACGCCAGCAAGGACUACAUCAAUUUGGUUGGAUACAAGAUUAUUCAAGAUGAAAACAUCUAUGCAGGAAAGUACUGCUUCAAGGCAGUCCAUGAAGAACUCCGCAGCUUUUAUUUUUAUACUGAAAGUGAGCAUGAUAUGAAAGGAUGGCUCAAGGCCCUCAUGAAGGUUACCAUCGGUCGUGACCCCACUGCCCCUGUGAUCUCAUCCAGUAAUAUUCCUACGAUCCCACUCCAUGUUGCCAGAAAGAUGGCUCCUCGACCACCUUCGCCUUCUAGGCGUAAUCGUGCCAUCGGUCCAAACGGCCAACCCAUGCGUGCUCAGCAACAGCAACAGCAACAGCAGCAAUAUGAUCAAAAGUAUCAGCAGGAGCAGCAACGACAGCAGCAGCAGCAACAACAACAACAACAACAACAACAGCAGCAGCAGCAGCAGCAGCAGCAACAACAACAGCAGCAACAGCAGAUGUUAGACUACGAUGAUCCGGACUCCGACGGUGAGGGAUAUCUCCAGGAUGAAUAUGAGGGGAAUUCUAAGCAAUAUUACCAGAAUGACAACGGCAAUGGGAUGAACAAUAACAUGCACCAGUCCCAGAAUCUUGGCCGUCAAAGUCCUAAUCAUCAACAUCAGCAAAACCAGCGGCAUAGCUUUGUGCAACCUGACCAGGAUGACGGUCAUAACAAUGAUGGUGAUCCAUGGCGAGAUGAGGACGAUGAAAGAUAUGGCCAACAGCAACGUUCUCAGCAUCUUAAGAACUUACGGCCUGAUAGUGAGCUGGACUCAUUCCAUCACCAGGGUCAUGACAGCCUUUCUUCAUCUGGUCAAGGCCCUAGCCAUCAAGGUGGACAUUGGACGCAAGAACAAUACGUUGAUUGGAUCAACCGUAACUUGCCUCCUUCAGUGGGACCCGUCAAUGAUAUGACACAGUCACUGCGUUCAGGAGUAGUGCUUGUACGGCUGAUUGAGCAGCUGUCUGGCGAGCAGGUCGACAAGAGAAUUCCCAAUGCUACAUAUACUCUUCAGAUGCUUGAGAAUUUGCUGACUGCAUUCAAGUUCAUGGACCGUGUUGGCAUCUCAACGGAUGGGUACACAGUCAAGGACAUUUUCAAUGGAAAUGAAGAAAAGAUUGUGCAGAUGUUUGAGAGGAUCCGUGCUCGGUUCCCGGACGAUAGCUACACGAACGGAGGCAAUGGCAGUAGUUCACAAGCUAACGGAACGCCAUUGCCUCAACAGCACACUGGUGGAUCAGAGUAUGAAGCAUUAUAUGAUGAGGCAGCACGAAGCACGAUCCAUUGA